CUAAGUUCUAACACCAAAACCACUCUGUCUGAGCUUUUAUUACUUCGAUCCAUCGAUAUAAAAAAAAAAAUAAAAAAAAAUGAUUUUCAGAGCACAUUAAAUAUUUACAGCCAAAAUUUCAAACUCCCAAUCGCUAGUAGAUCUCCAAUCCUCUCCAUAUGAAAUUCUCCUUCUUCUCCAAAUCCACAGACACCGCCGCCGCCGCCGCCUCGCCGUGGCCGUGGCCGGCGUGCGCUACGAAUCCCAAAACCCAGUCUUUCCGCGCCACCGCCGCCGCCGCCGCCGAUAACGGCAUCUUCAAAACCAUCAAUUCCGCCUACGUCGACGACGACGACGAAGCUCUCACCGAACUCUCCGCCGCCGCCGACGACGAUUCCGGCGCCGCCGUCGAGUUCGCCGUCGUCGGAGCAUUACGUUCAGACCGCCUCAUCUUCCACCCCGGCGAGUCGAGCUCCAUUCUCGACGAAGCAAAACCCGCCGGCGCCGCCGUUUCGAUCCUCGCCGUGGAAUCCUGCGAUCCGUACUCCGAUUUCAGAGCUUCCAUGGAGGAAAUGGUGGAGGCGCACGGAUUGAAGGAUUGGGACUGCCUGGAGGACCUCCUCGCCUGCUACCUCCGAUUCAACUCCAAAAGCAACCAUGGAUACAUCGUCGGAGCUUUCGUCGACCUCCUGCUCCGCCACGCCGUCGCGGCGGCGGCGGCGUCCGCCAUUGAUGAAAACUGCUCGUCUUCCUCCACCACCACCACGACGGCGAAUUCCUUCACUUCUCCACUCUCCUUUUCGUCUUCCUCCACCUACUCCUCCGCCAGCCCCCAUUUAUCCUCGCCGGAAAACGAAGCUCCGAUCACCACCGCCGCCGGUAAAGAAGACUCCCUCCCGUCCCCUUCAUCGUCGUCGUCUUCUUCAGGUACUUAAUUAAAUUACAUUUACAAAAUCCCCAAUUAGAAACCCUAAUUACAUUAGCAAAACAUUAAACCCUAAUUAGUUCCUCUUUUUUAAUACAAGAAUGUAAUUCGACCUCCAAUCACCAUUAUUACAAAUCAAAUUCAUUUUAAUUA